CCCAACUCUGUGUGUGUGUCCUGACGUCCACCGCUGGUGCUGAAGUGAGGGUCUGAGGUGGGCAGCACAGGGCCAGAAGACAGCACCCGACUCUGUGCGUGUGUGUCCUGACGUCCACCACUGGUGCUGAAGUGAGGGUCUGAGGUGGGCAGCACAGGGCCAGAAGACAGCACCCGACUCUGUGUGUGUGUGUCCUGACGUCCACCGCUGGUGCUGGUGCUGAAGUGAGGGUCUGAGACACUUGCUGUGCUCAGCACUCACUGUCCUUGCUCCUUGGUGCAUCCUUCCCUUCACCUGCUUGCUUGGUCCCUGAGUAGCGGUGAGGAAGACUUGCUGCCCCCUCGGCUGCAAGGCCGGGCAGCAGCCUGAGUGGCCAGGAGCAGCAGAGCAGACUGCCACUGGUGUGAGGAUCAGGGGCGAUCAGAAGAACCACCACCACCACCACCCUGCUGCUGCUGCCUUCUCCAGCCAUAAGGAAAGGGAAAGUUUGAGUGGAAGGACUGUGAGGCAGUUUGGGACUGAGAGCAAGUUCAUCAGACACAGCCUUGCACACACUGCUGAGGGAAAGCAUGAGUAUCAGGAGUGUGAGGAAAGACUCCCUGGGAAGGGUGACCUCAACAAAAGCACCCACGCACUCGGGUGAAAGAAAUCAUGAAUCUCAAGGUUGUAGGAAAAGAUUGGGUGGGAAGGAUCACCUCAACACACACACCCUUACACACACUGGAGGAAAAAAACAUGGAUGUGAAGUUUGUGGGAAAAGUUUCCAUCUGAAGGGUGACCUCAAGAGACACACCCUUACACACACUGGUGAAAGAAACCAUAAAUGUGAAGUUUGUGGGAAAAGAUUCACUCUGAAGGGUAACCUCAAGAAACACACCCUUACACACACUGGUGAAAGAAACCAUAAAUGUGAAGUUUGUGGGAAAAGAUUCACUCUGAAGGGUAACCUCAAGAAACACACCCUUACACACACUGGUGAAAGGAACCAUAAAUGUGAAGUUUGUGGGAAAAGAUUUAAUCGGAAGGAUAGCCUCCAGACACACACCCUUACACACACUGGUGAAAGAAACCAUAACUGUGAAGUUUGUGGGAAAAGCUUCACUCUGAAAGGUGACCUCAAGAAACACACCCUUACACACACUGGUGAAAGGAACCAUAAAUGUGAAGUUUGUGGGAAAAGCUUCACUCUGAAAGGUGACCUCAAGAAACACACCCUUACACACACUGGUGAAAGGAACCAUAAAUGUGAAGUUUGUGGGAAAAGAUUCACUGAGAAGGGUCACCUCCAGACACACACCCUUACACACACUGGUGAAAAAAACCAUGAGUGUGAAGUUUGUGGGAAAAGAUUCCUUGUGAAGUCAUGGCUGAAGAGACAUGGCAUAAGACACUGUGGCCACAAAGGGUUCCAGUGUGAUGCUUGUGGCAAGCGAUUUAUGACAAGAGGUGAGAUUGCGAGACACGUGAAGAUUCACCUCUGAGGUGUUGUGUUGUGCUGCUGUGUGUGGGAGAGAGCAGGUGCUGGAUGGGGCGUUGUCUUGCAUGGAGAACAGAACACAUGGCCCAGAUAGGGAAUCAAAGGCAGGUUGCAGAGUGUCUGCAAUUUUGAAAAUUUAAGAAGAAAGUGUGUGUGUGUGUGUGUUUACCUAGUUGUAAUUUUACAAGGCCUGGGCUUACGCUCGUGUGGUCCCGUCUCCAUAUCUGUAUUUGUCCAGCUUUUCCUUAAAGUUGUGCACACUCUUUGCUGAUACUACAUCCUCACUUAGUCUGUUCCAAACCUCUAUGUUUCUUUGCAGGAAGCUAUAUUUUUUUACGUCUCAAGUAUCUUCCUUUUCUCAAUUUAUUACUGUGUCCUCGUGUGUUGCUGGUGUUUUUUCCUUCUCUUCGUAGCAACUCCACAUUAUCUGCUUCUUCCAUUUUAUUCCACAAUUUGUAAAUUAGUAUUAGGUCUCCCCUUUCUCUUUGUUCCAGUGUUGGCAGGUCCAUUUCCUUUAACCUUUCUUCAUACGACAAUCCCUCCAGUUCUGGAACCAUCUUUGUUGCCAUCCUUUGUAUUCUUUCUAGUUUUUUCUCGUGUUUCUUCUCAUGCGGAGACCACACAGUUUCUGCAUAUUCCAGCUUUGGUCUAAUCAUAGUGGUAAUCAUCUUUUUCAUCAUAUCUUUAUCCAUGUAGUGGAAUGCUAUUCCUAUAUAUCUCACCAUUCUAUACAUAUCUCAGAAUAUCAUAUUUACAUGACUCUCUGACUUGAUUAUUUUGUAUUAUCACUCCCAGAUCUCUCUUCUUGAACUUUUAAUAUUUCUCCAUCUCCCAUUCUACAUGUCCAUUUUGGUCUCCCUUCACUCUUUCCCAUUUCCAUUACAUGACAUUUCUUCACAUUGAAUUUCGUCUCCCAUUUCUUACUCCAGUCCCAAAUCUUAUUCACGUCCUCUUGCAGAAUUUCAGUCUUUACUAUUUCUUAUGUGUCUCAGCAGUUUUGCAUCGUCUGCAAACAAGCUCAUGUAACUCUUUACUUUCUUCGGCAUGUCAUUUAUAUAUACUAGGAAAAGUAUUGGUGACAGUACUGAUCCAUGGGGCACUUCACUAUCUACAUUUCUCCAUUCCGAUUUCAUGUCCUUUACCACUGUUCUCAUUUCUCUUCCCUUUAAGUAACUUUACAACCAGUUUUUCAUUUUCCCUUUCAGUCCUCCUCUAUUUUCCAGCUUCCAUAAUAGUCUUGCAUGUGGAUUUUUGUUGAAAACC